UUCUAUCCGCGAAUUCAGCCAUAUCGUGAAAAAAAACAACAAUUUGAAUUUACAUUCCCGGAAUCCGACUCACCCUAAUAUACAACGAAAAGAAUAGCCGCCAUACCAGCAGCAGCAAGAACAGCAGUAAAAGAAAUUGAAAAAAAGGAGUAACAAUACUUUUUGGGAAAAUGUCGUUUAAAUCACUUUUGAGAUUUUAUCUGAUUGCGUUUGCCGUCGUCUCGACAAUUCGAAUUGAAACGGAAGCGCAUCCACUUACAUUCAACUCGGAUAUUUGUAUCAUAGAUGUAAAAAAUAAUUUGGGAGAGCCGCAACCACUCUUGUUAAAUUCACAAACCGACGAGUUUCGAUUGCCAAAAUUGAGCGACGGUAAAAUUGAAUUUUCUCGGAAUGAAACCAUCAAACUCUAUUGCUCGCAUGGUUUUCGCUCGCCUUUCGAUGGCAAAGAAUCGAUUUUUGCAUCGUGCGUUGCCGGCAAGCAAUUCAAAGUCGAUAAAACUGUGGUUGAUUUCUCAAAAUUUGUGUGCAAUAAAAUAACCGAGCAUACGAUACGUCGAACGAAUGACAGUUGUAUGGACGGUAUAAUUGUUGAAAUUGGUUUUCAAAUCCAAUCCAAAUGGUUGCAUUUGAUGAGAGUGUGUCACAACGAAACAAUUGGUGCAACGAAUUGGGUGCACUAUAAACAACUGCCAUCAAAUCGUGGCUAUCAAAAGUCACUAACAAGAGUACGGUUCAGCCAAAGCAAUUUUUAUCAAGGUCUCAAGGUGGACGAACUAUAUUCACGAAAUAAUCAAUUAGAAACAUGCUCAUCCAUUCUCCAAUCAAAAACGAUUUGUAAUAAGUUGAUAAAUAGUAAUGGUGAUCUCUUUUUAUCACGUGGUCAUCUGGCCGCACGCUCUGAUUUCAUCUUGUAUGCACAUCAAUUGGCAACAUUUCAUUAUAUAAAUUCAGCACCACAGUGGCAAUCAUUCAACGGUGGCAAUUGGGCUGUACUAGAAGAGAACUUGAAACAUUACAUCGAUCAACAAAACUUGAAUGCAGACAUUUACACCGGAACACAUGGUAUUUUACAAUUCGAUGAUCGAAAAGGAAAAUCACAAAAUUUGUAUUUGUCAUCGAAUACGAAAUCAAAGUUUUCUCAAAUUCCUGUGCCAAAAAUAUACUAUAAAAUUGUUGUCACAGAGAAUAUGGCGGGUAUAGUUUUUGUUGGCGUCAAUAAUCCGCAUGCCAGUUUAGAGGAAAUCAAACAAAACUACAUUUACUGUGAAAAUGUGAUAUCCAAAGUGAAUUAUAUUCCAUGGCAGGAAAACGUACGAAAAGGUUAUAUGUACGCUUGUUCAAUCGACGAAUUCCUAAAAUUUGUUCCGAGUUUGGCGACAAAAGUUCCAAAAACAAAUCGGAUAUUACUCUUUUUGGUAUGUGGCAUUCUUGUUUCGGCUGAAGCUCGUACUACACCAGUAGGAUGUUUGGUGAACAUAAAUGUUGACUUAGCUGCACCAGAGCCGCUGUACUUCUAUUAUAAUACAACUGAUUAUGUGACAACAGCCACUGGCACCAGCGAAUUUUAUUUGGAUAGCCAACAAAAAAUCGAGCUUUUUUGUUCGGACAGUUUUCGUGAUCCAUACGAAGGCGAUACGCUUAUAGCUACUUGCAUUUCGGGCAAUCAAUUUCAAAUUGAAAAUAAAUCAGGCUAUCUUGCGGAUGCUAAAUGCAAUAACUAUCCCAAUCACACAACCCGAUUCACCGACCGAACUUGUGUUGUCGGUAAAAUUGUUGAAAUUGGUUUCGAAGUUAAAGGUAUUUGGUUACCUAUCAUGGAAAUUUGUCAUGACAACAAAAUCGGCUCAACAAAAUGGGUACACCAUCAAUUGAAACCAAACAAUAAUUAUCAUCAGCUUUACGUGGAACGCAUUCUAUUUAUCCAAGGUGCUUUCUAUACUGGAAUCAAUCCAUUUCAGUUGUACACGAGAAUUGUACAACGAAAAACAAUUGCACAAAUUUUAGACUCUGAAAAAUUGGCCGCAGAAAUUAUCGCGGAAAAAGGUGAUUUGUUUCUUGCUCGAGGUCAUUUGGCUGCAAAAAGUGAUUACAUUUUUGCACCGCAUCAAUUGGCGACAUUUUAUUACAUAAAUGUGGCACCACAGUGGCAAACAUUCAACGGUGGCAAUUGGUUGUGCAUCGAGCGAGGUGUGAGAAAAUUCAUCGAACAACUUAAUGUUGAUGUUGACGUGUAUACUGGAGCCCAUGACGUACUCACAUAUCCAGAUAUUAAUGGAAAACAUCGCGAAAUCCAUUUAUCAUACGACAGCGAAGGUUCCAAGACGAAUCGAAUUCCGGUACCACGUUUCUACUAUAAGGUUUUGAUUGCAGAAACCAAAAAUGCGGGUAUCGUCUUCAUCGGAUUGAAUGAUCCAUAUGCGAGCAUAGAAUCGAUUGAAAAUGAGUAUAUGCUUUGCCCGGAUGUAAGUGAAAAAGUCAAUUAUAUUAAUUGGAGUCGAACGAAUAUCACUGCAGGAUAUUCUUAUGCAUGUUCUGUUGACAAUUUUGUUAAAGUUGUUAAGGAACUUCCAUCGCUUCCACGGGUCAAAAAUUUGCUCAUUUAAUUCUAAUUAAUUUUAUUUCAAUUCAUGUACCACAGUCCUAUUUUCUAAUUAUUUGCAAUUUUUGUAGAUUAAUUGCUAUCGUGAAGUUGUGAAAUAAUUUUUGAUAAGAAAAAAAAGUUCAAAUUUACCAAUUUUACCUUUUGAAAAUAAAACUAGAAACUUCACAAAAACUAUGUAUACGUAAAACCAAAUUGAAAUUGCAUUCAUUCGAUUAAAUCAAACCAUUGAGAAUGAGUUUCAGUAUAA